GUAUGUUGCCAAAUACUAGCACUGCUUUUGCGAGUUGAGCAACAAACAGCACUUCGAUAGUGGUAGUGGCUGGCAACAGAUACAGAAAUACCUACCCGCAAUAGUAUAUAUAGUAUGAACCAGUUAUAUUAGGCCUUACCGACAGUUGCGGAGGGACGCAUGCCUGUGGACGCUUCCGGCUGGGCUUGCUCACAGCCGCGGUGUCGCCUUAGAAGCCUUUUAUGCAGCUAGCUGCGGUCCCGUUACCGCAGCCGCUGGGUAGCGCGGGAGCACCUACCAAGCCCCGUUGGUCACCCCACCCGAAUGGGCACGCUCGUGGGCGAGUCCACGUCGUGGGGCCGUGGUCUGCGGGACUCUGACGCCGCAAUCUGGAGCAAAGGCGUCGUGAAGGAGAGUAAGGCCAUUGAUGCCGCCUAUGCAGCCCUGCAUGGCGGCAGCGGCCAGCCGUUCCCACAGCACGAGUGGACGGGAGAGGUCAGCACGGCCGGGAGCAGUCUCGCCCAAACCUCGCCCAAACCAAAGCGGAGCCCCAGUAUGAAGGUGGCGUGUGCGGCGGAGGCGGAGGCAGACCUGCGGGCGGUGGAGCUGUGCCAGAAGCCCUCUGUGGCACGCACACAGGAGGAUAUCAAGUUCAUCUGUGCCUACAUGAACGGGCUGUCGUACUUCUUCAGCCUGUGGCCGGCGCCGCUGCAGUGGGAGCUGUGCCGCCUGCUGACGGUGCACAUCCUGGCGCGCAGGGAGGUGGCGCUCAGCCGCGGCAGGCCGCCGGAUCGACUCUACUUUGUGGUGCAGGGCAAGCUGGACGUGCGGCUGCCGGUGCCCAGCCCGGGCGGCGGCCGCGAGGAGCGCACGCUGGCGGUGUUGUCCCGGGGCCACACGGUGGGCGAGGCUGUGCUGCUGAGCGCGGCGGCGCAGCACACCAGUGUGGUGGUGUCGUCCAGCAGCGCCAUGCUGCUGUCGUUGUCGCGACCCGACUUCAGCCGAGCCUUUAAGGAGGUACUGGACAUACGCCAGGCUGAGCGGUUAAUGUACCUUCGCCUGCACCCGCUGAUGGUGGGUCUGCCGCUGUCGGACCUGGAGGCGGCCAGCGAGGUGCUGGGGCUGGCCUUCUUCCCGCCCAGCACCCGCCUGUGGCCACUGGAGGACAGCCGCGAGCGCUGCCUGUACUUCCUGGCGGAGGGGCAGGCGCGAGUGCGUAGGGCGGGAGGCGGGGCAGCCGCUGGCGGACGUGAAGGAGCGCAGCACGAUGGUUGCGGAGCCGAAGGUGCCACCGGUCCUUCCAUGUACGACCGCUUCACCAUCUCCAUCUUGGGCCCGGGCGAUAUCUUCGGGCUGCCUUCUUCCGAGCAAGCUCUGGCGCUGCAGCUGCAGCAGUCCGUUAUGGCCGCCGCAGCAGCCGCCACGGUGCCCGGCACCGCCAACCCCAGCGCUGCAGCCACCCUGCACCUGGCCGCGGCACUGGGAGGCGGCACCACCGCCAACAGCGCCGUCAACCUGUUGGCCACAGGCGCGUCUGCGGCCGUCACCGCGGAGCCGUCUCUAGCGGUGCUGAGCCCCUCCGCCGCGGCGGCGCACGGCGGCGGGGGCCCGGCAGGCGCGCACUCGCCGCUGGUGGGACUGGCCAGCAGCGUGCACCUGGGCCACGGCGCCGCCACCACUGGGCACAGCGUAGCACACACGGCGCACGGAGGGCUGGGCGGACACGGACACGGUGGCGGGCCCACCCAGGGCCGGGAGCGGGAGCGCGAGCGCGAGGCGGGUGUGCUGAUUGAGUCGUACAGCGGUGUCAAGGUCUACACCAUCAAGUACUCGGACUACCCGCGACUGCCAGCCAGUGUGCAAGGGGUGCUGCAGGCCGCCAAUGCCUUCCGCUGGUCCUACUACGAGGGCCGUGUGGUGGGCCUGGCGCGCAUGGACAAUAAGCGCCGGGACGCCCGCCGCGAGCAGCUGGCUCGCAACCGCCACAACGCGGCGUUGAAGAAAUCGGGGGACUGCGGUGACGAGACGCUGGGCCGCUCCGCUGCCGCCAGUGCCGCGCUGCAGCUGGCUGAGCGCGACAAGCAGCUGCUGGGGCGGGUGCCCAUCAUCAGCGCCGGAGUGGCGGGCUUGCCCGGCAUUGCCUCGGCCACCGCGGGCGGGGCUGCCGGCGGGGAGGGGGACGUGGCUCGGCAGCUGGCGACGGCGCGGCGGGCAGCACAAGCGGCAGACGCGGCGCAGCAGGCGCGUGCCAAGUUGCAGCAGAGGCAGCAGCAAGGCGAGGGCCAGGGUGAUGCCGAGGGCUGGGACUUCGACCUGCCUGCUUGGGCGCAACCUGGUGGUGGCCGCGUGCUCGGGGCAGCUGGGGCCGGAGCGGCCGGAGGGCAGGAAAACCGCACUGGCGUGGCGGCGCUUCAGGCCACGCUCAAGGCCGCCGCGGCGGCUGCGGCAGCCAUGGCUGGCACCGCCAGCGGCCGUAAGGUCAAAGGCGGGGGCCCAGUGAUUGCAAGAGGCGGCGGUGGCGGCAUUGGUGCUGUUGACGGGCUGGACGGCACCUCCGUAUUUGAGAGCGCCGUGGGCUCUGGCAGUGCUGGGGCUGGGUCGGGGUCAGGUGCCGCAUUUGGCACCGCCACCAACCUGCUCAACCCGCAGCUGUAUCGCUCCGCCAACGGUAAGGCGCUGUUGGCGGUGCAGGCGGGCCAGCUGUGUCGUGUGCUGGCGGCGGAGCGGCAGCAGUUCGACGUUAUGCGGCGGCCGGUGCUGCACCCGCCGGACGAGUACGGGGACGCGUAUGACGAGGACGAGGACGCGGAUGCGCCCUGGGCCGCCUUUAACUACAGCGGGUCGGAGUCGGACAGCCGCCUGGGCCGCAGCAGCCGUCGCCCGGCAGACCAGCCUCUGACCACACAGUACCUCACUAGCCGGGCAGUGGCCUCGCCGCCGCGCGACCCCACCGCCUCCCUAAAGCCCACUCUCAACCUGCUGCACCCCUGCAGCCACGCCUUCCCCCGCGUGCAGUCUUACCGCCACGGGCAGGGCUCUUCACCGUCCGCCAAUCGCUCAAGCGGCUCGCCCACCCAGCUGCAGGGCUUCCAGGGCCAGAGCCCCCAACCCGGUAGCUGCGGCCGCGCCCCGCAGCAGGCCACAGCAAUAGGCUCUAAUUCGACUAGCGGCGGUGGUUGCACCCGCCAUGUGGUGCAGCUGCCCCUGGACCCUCGUGACGUGGUGGAGACGGAGCAGCCGCGCACACUGGUGGCGCCGCAGUCCAUUCGCCAGCGCCAUGUGCUGCUGUUCCAGAAUGCACAGGCUAUGGCAGCGGCCGCCAGCAACUCACGAGCAUGGAUCAAGCCAGUGCGGCAGCCCCGCCCCAGCUACAGCCGGGUGCACCGCGCCAGCCACCCAGGCAGCGGCAGGAGUGGACACGGCUCCGAUGGCGGCGCCUCCACUGCCGCGCUGUCGGAGAUGCAGGUGCAGGCGCCCAGGGUUGGGGGUGCUGUCGGGGCGGCUGGCAACAUUGGCCUGCCAGUGUCGCGCUUCGGCGGCCCGGGCAGUUCGCAAUUUGAGAGCCCGACGUCCGCCGGCCGGCGGCCUGUGCGGCCCGACGACCGGCUUUCCCGGUACGGCUCCAUGGGCCGAGCUAGCAGCGCAGGAGCGGGAGGGCCAGGAGGCAGUGGUGGUGGCGGUGUGAAGGUCAGUGGUCACCGCAGCAGUGGCUCGGGCGGCGACGGCAGUGGAGUGCCCACCCCCAGCGGCAUCGUGCUCAUCUCCUCCGACUUGCCCUCGCCCAAGAGCGGUUUCGGCGGGCGGGCCGGGGCGGGUCUAUCCCCCGCCUCGCCCGAGCUCAGCUUCUCUCACCUGGGCAUUCGCGAUGUGGACGAGGACGGCGGCAGCAGCAGCAGCAGCGGCAGUGGCGGCUGUGACUCGGAGGUGCAGCUGGAUGGCAAGGAUGUGGGCUGGGGCGAGGGCGAGGGCGGCGACCACCUGGAUGACGAGACGCUGCUGGCGCGGGUGCCGGCCCGGCUGCUGGGGGCGGGAGGGCGGAAAGCCGGGGCGGGAGGCGCAGGGGCGCUGCCGCGGGUGGUGCCCAUCGUGGACGGGGGACCAGGUAGUGCCGCAGCAGGCCGCGGGGUGCCGCCGCGCAAGGGGGCGGCAAGCCCUAGCGGAGGGCCGCUGCUGCCUUUACCGCAGAUGCUACCUGUGCCUCCUCCCAAGCAGCAGUCGUGUGCCAAGCCGCCCGUAGCUCCCGCACCUGCGGCGGCGGCGGCGUCUGGUGCUGUAAACGCGGGCGCAGCUGAGAGCGCUAGUGGCGGUAGCGGCCUCAACAACACCAUGCGGCGGCGAGGCGGCGGCGCAGCUGGGGCCGGCGACAUCGGGGCCUCGGGAUUGGGACCCGGCGGCGGUAUGCCGAUCAGCGGCUCUUCAGGGUCGAGCCCCAGCGCACCCGCUUCCAGCCAGGCGCUGGUGCCCCCGCAGCCCACCGGGUCCAUGAGCGGGGGCAGCUCAGCGCCGGCGGCGGUCAAUGCCUCACCCGGACCUCGUGCGGCGGCCGGCCCUCAGCGCGGUGGGCUGGGCGGCAGUGGCGGUGGCGCGCAGCGGCCCAUGGAUGCCGAGUUUCCUCAGGACCUGGACGAGCGGCAGCUGCACCAGUCGCAGCACACCCACCACCACCACGUGGGCGCACAUGUGGCGCUGCAGCCACCCCAGCAGGCCCCGCAGCAACCGCAGUCGCCGCAUCAUCGUGGCAGCCCGGCGACGGGCGCUACUAUGGGUACGGUUGUUGUGGGUGUGCAAGGCCGGGGACAGCAGCAGGGGCCCGGGGCAGGUGGCGCUGGUGGGGUGCCGCAACAGGGGCCACAGCAGGGGCCAGCCUCAGCUUCUGCAAGUGAGUGCCCGGGGCCGCAGGCCUCAUCUCAGUUGUCACCUGCGCCUGUGGGUCUGCCGCCCGCCAUCGCGCUGGGCUACGAGUCGCUGGACCCUUUCGCGUGGGCCGCACUUGCGUCCCAGGUGGGCCCCAGUAUCCGGACACCCUUCUCACAGGAGAACCUGCUGCCCAAACCGCAGUGGCAGGCAUAGGGCAGCAUACGGGUAUCCAUCUUUGUGUGGCUUGCAGGAAACAGUUACUACUAGCACUCAGAGUCACGUUGGCGGCGUCAGGCAGUGGUCAUGAAGUAUGCAGGUAUCAGGGUGAUGGGAUGAACUGCGGUAUUGUGUGAAGAAUAUGUGCAGGAGUGCGGCUGGUUGUGAAUGCAUUGCAAUAGUGAUGGUGGACAUGUGCGGUUUCACGUGGCUGCAAGCGACAGCCCGGGUGUGCGAUGGGACAGGGUUUAGGCAGGUUGCCGAGGUCAGCCCGGGUCACAGGUGUGGUGCACCUGAGUACAAAUACGGUAGCGCCACUUGAUUGUCGCGUCCGGGUCGUGGUUUACAGUGUGUUCCCAUCAUAUGAGAGGCGCCUUCAUGGGUCCAUGCGCUGAAUACGUGCUGCGUAGUUAGUUGAGGUGGCGGUGCAUCGGAAAGCCGUGGCGGUGUUGGCCGCGGGUUGCGCGUUAGUGCUUGGCUACGGUUGCACGCUGGACACGGAACUUGACGCUCAAGCAUGAAGACAUGAAGACAUUAUGGCUUGAUUGUAAGCCCCUGUCUGG